AUGGACGGACUUCCUAUUCGGUUUGACAACUUUAUUCGCUUUCUCAAGCGUGAUGAAUCAGGCGGCACCUCAGAAAUUUCAGAAAAAACUGCAAAAUUCGUUCUUUCGCUAAUCAAGGAGCACAAGUUCAAUAAAGAAGAAGACGUUCGGUCCCUAAUUCGCCUCUUAACACGAUUUGGCCGUAAACUAGUCCAAUUUAAGCCGCUUGAAAUCGCUUUAGUUAACAUAGUCCGCCGUGCCUUACACAUAAUUCGUGAAGAAUGCAGCCAUAUCAAGCUCGAUACUUCCCCUCUACAAUUAAAGCAGCGCCGAAGUACUUUAAAAACCUUAAUAAAGGGCACUGAUAGCACCCAAGAGUCAGCAGGACUCAAAGAAAUGAAAAAAAGAAUCCUUCAGGAUGUGCAGGAACUGUUAGAUGAGCUUGAAGCACAUAUGGAAAGAAUUGCUGAGCAGGCAACUCAGCAUAUACACUCUAACGAAGUUAUAGUAUUUAGAAAUUUUUGCAAGAGAUUAAUGUGGCGGAGGCGACCACCUGAUCUCUUGGGAAAUUCCCUCAAGCAUUUAGGAGAUACCUAGAUGGAGGUAGCACAGGUACAGCAUCCGUAAGAUAUAUAGGAAGAGGUUUUCUCCGUAUGCAAAUAUAAUAUCUGGGAAAAUGGGGAUUUUCUUCAUGAUAUGGGGCUGGAAAGGUGCAAACAGCCAUUAUCUAAGAGAUGAGGUCUUAUUUCGACUCGAAUUAGAGACCUUAAGACAGUAGUUGCCUAGUGCGAUAAUAGUAGUAACGUCCUAGCCCCACGACCCUCAGAGACCAGAAGCCUCAGAAUCAAUUAGUUGGUGGAGCCUAAAGCUAGGGAGUUGGUGCCAGCCGGACACCCUUUACUGGACGGAUGAGCUUGAAGAGGUGUAAGUCUUCAACUUAAUCUAAAUAUGCUAAAUUAAAUUUAGAUAUUUUUAUUAGCUCUCUGGUGAAUCUAAUGCUCUAAUUUGAUAUAAAUAAUAAAAAAUUUAUAAAAUAAUUAUAUAGAAUUAGGCUCUUAUGGUAUAUUUUGACCUUUGGGAAAUCAAAAACAGUUGAAAACUUUUUAUCGCACGUCAGAGGAAACAGAAAAUUUGAAGUUCUCGUAGCUGAAGCCGCCCCUGGGCUACAAGGCCAGCUUAUGUGUAAAACAUUGGCUGAGCACGGCAUCGACACAACCCUUAUCGCUGAUAAUUCAGUAUUCGCCUUAAUGAGCAGGGUCAACAAAGUAAUCAUAGGGACUGACGCACUUAUGGCAAAUGGUGGACUAAUUACAAAAUCAGGGUGUUAUGGCGUCUGUCUAGCAGCCCAAGCCCAUUCUGUGCCAAUUUUGGUCACUUGUGGGCUUUAUAAACUGUCUCCACUUUACCCAUUCGACCAGGACACUUUUAAUGACAGUCUAUCACCCGCAUUAGUUAGCUGUUUGCCUGGGGCUGAAGAAUCGAAAUAUUUGACCAUUAGUGUCCCUGCAUUUGAUUAUAUUCCGCCUGAUUUAAUUUCGUUAUAUAUAACUGAUGUAGGUGGGCAUAACCCAAGCUAUCUUUAUAGGUUGCUGUCAGAAUAUUAUAGUCCUGAAGAUUAUGACUUAAAUUCUUAA